GUUUUUCAGCAGGACUGUCACUGCCCCUGAACAGGGAAUCACAUUGCUGCAAGAACUCUGCUGAAACAAAGAAGAUACAUUGGAGAAAUGGGAAAUUAUAAAUCCAGACCAAGCCAGACUUGCACGGAUGAAUGGAAGAAGAAGGUUGCUGAAUCCUAUGCCACAGUCAGGGAGAGGCUGGAGGACGACCUGCAGAUGCAGGAGGAGGAGCUGGCAGAGCUGAAGCAGGUGUUCAGCUCACAGGAGAAGUUCUGCAGGGUGAACCUGAGUUUCCGCACGCCGGCCGGGCUGUCCCUGCUGCACCUCUGCUGCCUCUGCGGGGGCAACAAAUCCCACAUCAGAACUCUGAUGCUGAAAGGGCUGCGCCCAUCCAGACUGACGAGAAAUGGAUUUACAGCUCUGCACUUGGCAGCCUAUAAGGACCAGGCAGAGCUGCUGACAGCCCUGCUGCACGCCGGGGCUGACAUCCAGCAGGUUGGCUACGGGGCUCUGACCGCCCUGCACGUGGCGACCAUGGCCGGCCACCCGCAGGCUGUGGAUAUCCUGCUGCAGCACGGGGCCUUUGUCAACGUGCAGGAUGCCGUGUUCUUCACCCCUCUGCACAUCGCUGCCUACUGCGGCCACGAGCAGGUUGCCCGGCUCUUGCUGAAGUUUGGAGCUGAUGUCAAUGCCAGUGGUGAGGUUGGGGACAGACCUCUCCACCUGGCUGCUGCCAAAGGCUUUCUCAGCAUCACAAAGCUUCUGAUGGAGGAGGGCAGCAAAGCUGAUGUGAAUGCCCAGGACAACGAAGAUCACGUUCCUCUGCACUUCUGCUCUCGCUUUGGGCACCAUGACCUGGUGAAGCUCCUGCUGCAGAGCAGCUCUGAGGUGCAGCCCCACGUGGUGAACAUCUAUGGGGACACACCUCUGCACCUUGCCUGUUACAAUGGCAAGUUUGAAGUUGUCAAGGAGCUCAUCCAGCUCUCAGGAACAGAGAGUCUCACUAAGGAAAAUAUAUUCAGUGAGACAGCUUUCCACAGUGCUUGCACCUAUGGGAAGAACAUAGAACUUGUCAAGUUUCUCCUUGACCAGAAUGUUGUGAGCAUCAACCAGCAGGGGAGAGAUGGGCACACAGGGCUGCACUCUGCCUGCUUCCACGGCCACAUGCGCCUGGUGCAGUUCCUGCUGGACAGCGGCGCUGACAUGAACCUCGUGGCCUGCGACCCCAGCAGGUCCAGUGGAGAAAAGGAGGAGCAGACCUGCCUGAUGUGGGCUUAUGAGAAAGGCCAUGAUGCAAUUGUGACCCUCCUGAAGCACUACAAGAGACCUCAGGAUGAAUCCCCCUGCAAUGAGUAUUCCCAGCCUGGAGGAGAUGGUUCCUACGUGUCUGUGCCAUCCCCUCUGGGGAAGAUUAAAAGCAUGACAAAAGAAAAGGCUGACGUGCUCCUGCUCAGGGCUGGGCUCCCUUCUCACUUCCACCUGCAGCUCUCCGAGAUCGAGUUCCACGAGAUCAUCGGCUCAGGCUCCUUUGGGAAGGUGUACAAGGGGCGGUGCAGAAAUAAAAUCGUUGCCAUCAAGCGCUACAGAGCCAGCUCCUACUGCUCCAAGUCGGACGUGGACAUGUUCUGCAGGGAGGUGUCCAUCCUGUGCCGCCUCAACCACCCCUGUGUCAUCCAGCUGGUGGGGGCCUGCCUGGACGACCCCAGCCAGUUCGCCAUCGUCACCCAGUACAUCUCGGGGGGCUCGCUCUUCUCCCUGCUCCACGAGCAGAAGAGAAUCCUUGACCUGCAGUCCAAGUUGAUCAUUGCUGUAGAUGUGGCCAAAGGCAUGGAGUACCUGCACAAUCUCACACAGCCCAUCAUUCAUCGGGAUUUGAACAGUCACAAUAUUCUCCUGUAUGAGGAUGGCCAUGCAGUAGUUGCUGAUUUUGGAGAAUCUCGGUUUCUGCAAUCCCUGGAUGAAGACAACAUGACAAAACAACCUGGGAACCUGCGCUGGAUGGCCCCGGAGGUGUUCACCCAGAGCACCAGGUACACCGUCAAAGCCGACGUCUUCAGCUACGCCCUGUGCCUCUGGGAGCUGCUGACGGGGGAGAUCCCCUUUGCCCACCUCAAACCAGCAGCAGCAGCAGCAGACAUGGCCUAUCACCACAUCCGCCCCCCCAUCGGUUACUCCAUCCCCAAGCCCAUCUCUGCCCUGCUCAUCAGGGGCUGGAAUGCCUGUCCUGAGGGCAGGCCGGAGUUUUCAGAGGUUGUCACCAAGCUGGAGGAGUGUCUGUGCAACAUCGAGCUGGUGUCGCCGGGCUCCAGCAGCAGCAGCGGCUCGCUGUCGCCCUCGUCCUCGUGGGAGUGCCUGGCGGCCCGCGGCGGCCCGGGCCGCAGCCAUGUGGCCGCGCUGCGCAGCCGCUUCGAGCUCGAGUACGCGCUGCAGGCGCGGGGCGGCGCGGCCUGCGGGCCGGGCACUGGGCAGCCCCCUGCUCAGGGCCUGUCUCUGGAUGACAUGAGGAGGAGCUUCCAGUACCCCCCCGUGGACAAAAACGGGUACGUCUCAGACCCCCUGAGCACCAUGAGGUUCCACCCCUGCAGCAGCAGCAGCCUGGAGGACAACAGCUGAGGGAGAGAAGGAGCAUCAGCCUCGCCAUGGAGCCCUGAGUGCCGCCCUGCCAGCCCUGGGCAGCCCCAGUGCCAUGGCCAAUGUCCCUGUCCUGCACCCUGAGUGCCCUGCACAGCCCCAGUGCCAUGGCCAGUGUCCCUGUCCUGCACCCUGCCAGCCCUGGGCAGCCCCAGUGCCAUGGCCAGUGUCCCUGUCCUGCACCCUGAGUGCCCUGACAGGCCUGCACAGCCCCAGUGCCAUGGCCAGUGUCCCUGUCCUGCACCCUGAGUGCCACCCUGCCAGCCCUGCACAGCCCCAGUGCCAUGGCCAGUGUCCCUGUCCUGCACCCUGCCAGCCCUGGGCAGCCCCAGUGCCAUGGCCAGUGUCCCUGUCCUGCACCCUGAGUGCCACCCUGCCAGCCCUGCACAGCCCCAGUGCCAUGGCCAGUGUCCCUGUCCUGCACCCUGCCAGCCCUGGGCAGCCCCAGUGCCAUGGCCAGUGUCCCUGUCCUGCACCCUGAGUGCCACCCUGCCAGCCCUGCACAGCCCCAGUGCCAUGGCCAGUGUCCCUGUCCUGCACCCUGAGUGCCCUGCACAGCCCCAGUGUCAUGGCCAGUGUCCCUGUCCUGCACCCUGCUCUGCACCUCCCUCAGCUUUUCCAAACAGCUCCCAAACUGUUCCAAAGCAGUUUGUGGGAGUGCAGGUAGCCUGUCCUGUUCCCAGAGAAGCCCCAGCACACUGAAACAUUUACCAAGAAUGAGAUGCUGAGAGGAUUCCUACCCUGCCAGUGACACGUGUCUGUUUGUCCAGCUGAGCCCCAAAGGCACUGGGGAAUUCCCAGCCAGGACAGGCACCUUGCAGACUCCUGACAGAUUCCUGAGCUGCCCCUGCUGCCCACAGCCAGCACCCUGGGAGGUUCUGAGCCACCACUGCACGUCUGCCAGCCAGGGCUGGUGUCUGGAGCUGGACUUUAAACCUUUGCCAUCUGUGUCUGCAGUGCUCAGCUGGCGUGGCUUUGAGCUGGUGAAAUGCAUUCUUCAGCUGUGGAGUGUCAGCAGGUGCCAGCUGGGUGAGACACACCUGAGGCACCAGCAUCAGGAGCCAGUGACAGGCAGCUAGAAACACCUGACACUUCAGGGAGUUAAAAAACCCUUCCUGAGGAGCCAGGAAUGAGUUUUGCCAGUGGCAAUGCUGUUGGAUAGUUUGCCUUGCUCACAUAUGCUCACUUCAAUAAUUAGUCUUUUUUUCCUUCUUGCUGCACAUCUUGCUUUUCCCUAAGUACAACCUACUUUUCACUUUGAAGUUAAUUACUAAUUAGCACCAUAGGAGAGGAGAAAGGAAGAAUGGGAAGCUUUUCCAAAGCUAUACAAUUAUCCAUUUCACAGUUUUGCUUAUUACCAAACUUCUGCCUGCUCAAACAACAGGGACACUAAUGGUCUGGAAGUCCAGAUACGUGUUCCUAACCUGGGGAUCCUUUCCCCCAGCUGUUACAAACAUACACAAAAGUGUCACUUAUAAAUAUGUCAGGAAUGUUAAAUACU